AUGUAUCCGUACGACAGAAGCAACGGCGGAUCCACGCCACCUAGUAACCCGUACUAUCGCUCAACCAAACCGCUCCAACACGAUCAUUCAGAGCUAAUGCGUCUGCAGAGCAAACGCGAACAACAGAACUACCAACGUGGAGACGACGAUCAAUCGUCCUUCAACUUCGAUACCCCAACCACAGCACCGUUCCUGACAAUUUACAAUCCAGAAAGUAACCCCUUUACAAGAAAAAACUCUCGACCUUUGAAUGACCCAUAUUUGUAUGAACUCGACAACAUAAACCAAAAGAAAGAUGAGAGCUUGCCCAGCUUACCUGUCAAGGAAAGCUCAAAUCCAUACUACUACAAUAAAGAAGGGCAGGAUUUGCCCCCACCACCACCACCUAAUAAAAAUCCAUUCGAGGAUCAUGAUAACCCAUUUGAGAACCCCACUUGGUACCAUGUAUCUUCCAUGAACCACGAACACUCCUCUGAUAUCCCACCUCCUCCCCCACCUCCCAACGAUUUUGAUGAUGGAUAUCGAUCUACUGGAGGAAUUUUCUUGGAUUCAAAGAAUUACCACCAAUCGGAGGAUUCUGGUGCUCCACACAGUGAUGAAGAUUAUAGAAUGCAUGAAAUGGAAAAGCAAAGACUCCGACUUCUUCGCCGUAAACCAAGAUUCCACUUUACUAGACUUCCAUACUUCACUAUAAUAGCCACUACCAUUCAGGUUUGUGUAUUUAUAGCAGAAUUGGCAAAAAUGGCACAGCUAACAGGCUCUGCAUUUCAAACUAAGCCAUACUUCAAUCCAAUGCUUGGACCUUCGACGUAUUUGCUUAUUAACAUGGGGGCCAGGUAUGUUCCUUGCAUGCAUCAGAUCACCGAUGUUACUAAUGAUACUUCUAUCCUGUUUCCAUGCGCCAACCUGACUUCUGUUGAUACCAAUGUAUGUUCCUUACCUGAAUUAUGUGGAAUGCUGGGGAUUCCAGAAGUAAACGAUGCUUACAUUCCACAUCAGUGGUAUAGAGUAAUAACGCCCAUCUUCUUGCAUGCAGGGUUCCUUCACAUCUUAUUCAAUUUGUUAUUGCAAGUAACAAUGGGUGCGACGAUUGAAAGGCAAAUCGGUUGGCUCAAGUAUUCCAUAAUCUACAUGAUGUGUGGUAUAUCUGGGUUUGUUUUGGGAGCUAAUUUUUCACCAGAUGGAAUUGCAUCAACAGGAGCACUGGGAGCUUUAUUUGGAAUCUUGGCUGUCAAUAUGCUCUGUUUCAUUUAUUGUGGUAAAAAGAAUACCAAUUUGUACGGAACUAAAAAAUUUGGAUUGUUCAUUGGUAUAAUGAUAUUGGAAAUGCUUGUCUCAUUUGUAUUAGGCUUAUUACCUGGAAUGGAUAAUUUUAGUCACAUUGGUGGAUUUGCCAUGGGGUUGGCAAUGGGAGUUGCUUUACUUCCUGAUCCUUGUAUUGUUUACAUCGAUAGUAUUAUUGUCUAUGAUGGAAACUCUUCAACUAUGCGUCAAUUUUUAGAUAACUGGAGCCCCUUCCAUGAUUGGGAACACAAAAUUCCACAUAGAGUAUACUUAUGGAUGUCUCUCAGAUUUGUUGCUUUGGGUUUAGCUGCUGCUUACCUAGGUGCUCUUUUGAAGAACUUCUUUAUAUCCGGACUAGCACCAGAAAAUAACUCUUGCAAAUGGUGCAAAUACAUAAAUUGUAUUCCAGUAAAUGGUUGGUGUGAUUUAGGAAAUGUUGAAGUUACCACUAGUACUGUGAGUUCAGGAAACUCAGCUUCAGCGACACAAACGCCAACCACAGGAACAGCAACAGCUACUAAUGCUGCAGAUUCUGACUCAACUUCGAAUCCAAAUGAAGCAGUGGUUACUAGUACCACCACUUUACCCGCUAACAUAGGCAAUACCCAAACAACAGCAGCUGCUACCACUACUGAUAAUACCGGUGGAUUCAAGAAGAGGAAGGAGUAUGAAGUUUUUGAAAAGUUCAAAAUAAGUAGCAAUGAUUAUGAAAUCACCAAGACAUUAUCGCUGCCUGAUUCAAUUAUAGGAGAGCAAAAUUUUGGAGUUGGAGUUGGAUUCUAUCUCAUAAUCGGAUUCAUCACCUUUAGAUUUAUGAAGAACAAGAACUGGAUAUAG